AUGGACCGUUUUUAUCUGUUGGAAAAGGAAGACCUGGGGACGCGCAUCGGCAAAUUAUCAACUCACAUUGAUGAGAUCAAAGGUGAAAUCUACCACGCCGUACACAAGAAGUAUGCCAACUACAGACCCACCAGGGACUCCACCCAGGAGCUACACAACAAGGUGCAGACACUGUCCACUGAGAUGCAGACUCUCAGCAAUAAGAUCAAGGGAGACAUCAGUUCCCAGCUCAGCAGCUCCACCAGUGAUCUUCCUGACCUCACCAGACAGUUUUUUUUGUGGUCUCUCAAUGAAUACAAAGCUGUCAUCACGGCUACCGAGGGAUUUGAAGCUUCUCUACGGAAAACAGGUUUUAUUGCAGAAACUGCUUCUCCACUGCUGACCUACGCCAGAGAUGUCAAUGUCCACUUUGCUAACAAAAAGUUUCAAGAGCUGAUAGUUGAAACCCGCAAGCUGAUGCAGAGAGAGCUGCACAAUACAAAGAGAGUCGGUACAAUGAAGGUUGACAACAAGAACGUCAAAGAUCAAAAACAAGAUGCCAAGGACAAGUGCUACGUCAGCGAGGGUAUCUUUGCACUGCCUGGGUGUGCAGUCAGUGAAAGCAUAGAGUGUCUUGUUAAUCUAGCCUACCAGACAUUACAAGAAGCUGCUAGUAAUACACCACAGUGUGCCAUCCAGCUGUUCUACACAGUGCGAAACAUGUUUGAGAUAUUUUGUGAUGUCGUACCCACAUACCACAGAGAUAGUCUGCAAAAGCUACCCCAGGUGUGCGCUCUCCACCACAACAACUGCAUGUACAUCGCCCAUCACCUGCUGACUCUAAGCCAUCAGUAUCGUCAAUCCUUACCCCCGCCCCUCUGUGACGGCACGUCCACGUUUGUCGACCUCAUCCCUGUCUUCAGGAAGCUGGCAUCCGAAUGUUUCUUGGCUCAAAUGAGAAUACAGCGAGACCAAUUAGUGGAGAGUCUGUCUGGUGCAGAGGGCUUUGACCAAGUAGCCACUGACGACAACUUCUUGGCAUGUGAGAGGGCCAUUUUACAAUAAUCCAAAAUUUUAGCCCAAGUUGUCCAUCAGUUGGGUCACCUCCAGCGAGUCUGGACCGACAUCCUCCCCAGUAACAUCUUCACCAAGGCCAUGUCUACACUCAUCAACACGGUACUCAUGCACAUCCUGGAGAAAGUCUCGUCACUUGAGGACAUCUCAGCUGAUGAUGCGCAGCAGUUACAUUCGUUACUCUCGGGACUGCAAGACAGAAUUCCACACUUGAUCAAACCAGGAGAAGAUGAGGAACCAGUUUUGGUGCAGAGUACCGUUGAUCAGUGGAUGUCAUUCAGCGAGAUGCUGUUUAUGUUAGACGCCAGCAUGCAAGAUAUUGUCGACAGGUGGGCGGAGGGCAAGGGACCACUGGUGUUCAGCGCCAGUGACGUGAAGAGCCUGAUACGGGCCAUCUUCCAGAACACCGACAUACGAGCCACAGCGCUCGCCAAAAUCAGAUAGGACCAGCCGGGAAAGUAAGCUGAGUUCAAGGCAUAUAGGAUCAUUUGCCAUCAUUUCAUGAACUGGACCAAAUUUAAGGGCUAAUAAUUUAUAGCUGACGUCGUUCCACUGAGCUGUUCAAUGUAUUGUGUCUCCAUGCUGAAAAACCACGAAAAAAAGCUGUUCUUUUUCAUCCCUCAAAGUGCAGUUUGUAGAAUCUGUCAUGCAUAGAACCCAUAGGUCACAGGGAGUGC